AUGGGGCCCCCAGGCAAUAGGGGAUCAUGGGGCCCCUGCGUACUUGCCCAAACUCAAAAAAGCCUAUGAAAAAGGUAUAGCCUCAUGCUACCAGUAGUGACACUGACCCUAGCCAAAAUGCAAAACUAGUGAAACAGUCAGAAAAGAUGAGUAGGGAACAGGGGCGGACUGACAACUCAUGGGGCCCCCGGGCAAUAGGGUAUCAUGGGGCCCCUGUGUCCUUGCCCAAACUCAAAAAAGCCUAUGAAAAAGGUACCAGGGGCAUCUCAUGGGUCCCCCUACUGACCCCGGGCCCUCGGGCAGUGCCUGAGUUUCCAAAUGGUCAGUCCGCCCCU